GGGCUGAGUUGAUGUCUGCGUUAGAGUGCAUACCGCUGUGUCAUGUCCUGAACACUAACCUGUGUCAAGGACCAGGGCGGAUCUUCUCGGACGCAAAGAUUGAAGAGGGGCAAUGGCUUGCAAACCACAACUUAAAACGGAGAGAGACAAAGUAUCCCAACUAUAUUCCCCAGCUUGUACAGGCCACGCCGUCGCAUACAGAUGCAUGCACAUACACCCAGCCAUGCCUGAACACGCGAAUAUGUGUAGAAACACCACAUACAAACACACCCUCUUCCGCUAAGUCAGGCCCAGCCGCGGCUUUAAACGAGCCUUCCAACCCGCAGAGUGGCGUCUUCGCUCAGUCGGAGGCAUACCACUGCAACACUCCUGAGACUUCUUUGAGUAACUCGCCUCUGCACACACCACGUGGCGGCACUAGGGGCAUAGUUCAGUCGUGUGCAAAUCUUGGCUCAGACACCACAGCGCCGGCCGAUCACGGGGGAGUGGUUGAGAAGCAAUUCGCGUCAAGUAUGAAACCUGACCAGAUUAGUCGGUCGAAGGCAGCGCAAGAGGAUGAUCUCGAGGAUUGGCUCGAUGGCGUGCUGUCGGACUAGGGUGUGUUUUUCCACGCUAGCCAACCCUAGUUUCUAGGGUUUGAUAUGGUUGUACAUAUGAUGCCGAGGCGCUGAUAGUCGAGAUGUAUGAGGCGAUAUGUAUGGGAACAUGCACAACACAAACGGCAGUAGUGGUUAAAGACUGGUGUAUUUGCCUUGUGACCAAUUGCUGAGUAGCAUCUCGAUCAGUGCAAUGGCUUCGGCCGUGAAAUGCAAAAGUAUGUGCUCACGGAAGCGAUGUCACUUGUAGAGAAGCAUACGUGCACACCAGCCUGCUAUAGAUGUACUUGUACAGCUAAGCCGGUGGUGAGGUAAUUGACAUAGUUGAGCAGCGCUUCGAGAUAUAUCAUAAGCCCACGACGAUAAAUCGUAUCGGCAUAAGCCAUAAGAAAUCGCUGCGUGAUGAAACGUCGAAUCUUGUCAUGGAUGUGUUUAAUUGGUGGCGUCCUUGCGGCAUCACACAUGUAGUACAGUGGAUAACUACGGCUGCAAAUAUCUCCCGAUUGAUGAGUUAUGAAUUUGAUAUGCAGGAGUCACCCAAGGCGUCCAAAGUCAAAGUCAAAGUUCAAGCACACCUCGGGUGAGCGGCGCGAUUGCAUUAUAGGCCAUCUUCGAAGGGUCGGCUGGUUUUCAUUCUCCGUAGAGCAACUAGGUUCAGUGAAAACGUAACCUUCUCACAGCGAUGUUUCUACAGUUUGGCUAUCAAUUAACCUACCGUUUGACUGAGGCAAGGGUCUUGGCAUUUCAACAGAGUAGUAGAGUAUAAAAAUCCAGCUUUUCCUCGUGUGUAAAAUGGUGACAAUAGUCGUCAGUGUAUAUAGAAAUGUACGUUAUGGAAAUGUUGGCCAACUGGAGGACUAGAGAUACAAAUAAAGAUCACUGCCGUAUUGCAAUACUGACCUGUGGUUCUAUCGAUGGCCUG